AUGGCAUUACGGAAACCGAAUUACGGUUUUAUUUCUCUGGUACAACUCUGGAUUAUUAUUUUCUUUGAUUGUACAGUUCACGGACAAGUGCGAUAUUCUAUUCCUGAAGAGAUGGGGAAGGGCUCUGUUAUCGGCAACGUGGCUGCGGAUCUGGGCAUUGAUAUUAAAAGACUGAAGAGCGGACGAGCUCGUGUCGUUACGAGAGACAACACCCGCUACGUGGAUCUCGUUACAGACAAAGGAACACUGGUGGUGAACGACAGAAUAGAUCGGGAGCUGCUGUGUAAACAAACAUCUCCUUGUAGUUUUAAUUUAGAUAUUAUUAUUGAAAAUCCGAUUCAGCUGAUUGACGUAUUGAUAGAAAUAACAGAUGUAAAUGACCAUGCCCCGACAUUUCCGAAAGAUGAAGUAAACAUUGAGAUCAGUGAAACCGCUACGCAGGGCGCGCGCUUUCGACUGGACAGCGCUUACGAUCCCGAUGUUGGUGUAAAUACCAUACAGAGCUACAGUUUGAGACCAAUUGAUAAUUUCGUGUUGAAGCAGGAGACGCGUCCUGAUGGUAAUAAAUACAUUGAGAUGAUGUUACAGUCCCCGGUGGACAGAGAGAAACAGGAGGAAUUGUCUCUUAUUCUCACAGCUACAGAUGGAGGUCACCCACAGAGGUCCGGAGUAAUGAAAAUAAACAUAAAGGUACUCGAUGCCAAUGACAAUGCCCCGGUUUUUAACCAGAACAUCUACAGGGUCUCUGUUCCAGAAAACUUGUCGAAGGGAACGCUUGUGAUAAAAGUAAGUGCAACGGAUAGAGACAAAGGUGUUAAUGGAGAGGUGAGAUACACUUUCAGACAUAAAGCAGAAACAGAAAGUGAACUGUUUGAAAUAAAUGAGAUGUCGGGGGAGAUUUUUGUUAAUGGACUAAUAGAUUUCGAAAAAGAUGAAAUAUAUGAGCUAAAUAUUGAGGCGAGAGAUCACGGAGGUUUUACUGAUUCAUGUGCAGUAAUUAUUGAUGUAAUUGAUGUCAAUGAUAACAUCCCCGUGAUAACAUUAACAUCAUUCACGAAUCCGAUUCCCGAAGACGCGUUAAUUGGAACGACUAUAGCUGUUAUUGAUGUGGAGGACUUGGAUUCCGGACAAAAUGGUCAAGUGAAUUGUGUUGUCACAAAAAAAUCCCCUUUUGUAAUAAAGUCGUCAGUCAGAAAUUAUUUUACUUUACAAAUCGACGAGCAACUAAAUCGAGAAAUACAGUCCGAGUACAACAUCACAAUAACUGCUACAGAUGAAGGAUCACCUUCUCUCUCCAGUAAUAAAACGUUACAUAUUAGGGUUUCCGAUGUAAACGACAAUCCUCCAAUAUUUGAAAGACAGUUAUAUACUGCCUUUGUAGUGGAAAACAAUUCUCCGGGGUCGUCGAUAUUUGUUGUUAGAGCCACGGACCCGGACUGUUGUCAAAACGCGCGAGUCUCGUACGUUCUGGAAGAUUCGGAUGUGAACGGUGUUCCUACGUCCUCGUUCGUUUCAUUAAAUUCUGAAACUGGUGUUAUUUAUGCCGUCCGCUCAUUCGACUACGAGCAACUUCGGGGAUUUCAGAUCAGUGUGAGAGCUCACGAUGGAGGAUCUCCUCCUUUGAGCGGAAAUGCUACUGUUCAUAUCGUUAUUCAGGACCAGAACGACAACGCGCCUCAGGUUCUGUACCCAGUACAGACUGGUGGAUCUCUGGUGGCUGAAAUGGUGCCCCGUUCAGCAGAUGUUGGCUACCUCGUCACUAAAGUGGUGGCUGUGGAUGUGGACUCUGGACAGAAUGCAUGGCUCUCAUACAAACUGCUGAAAACGACAGAAAGGGGACUCUUUGAUGUGGGAUUACAGAACGGGGAAAUCAGAACUGUCCGUCAGGUCAGUGAUAAAGAUCCAGUGAAACAGAAGCUUACAGUUGUAGUGGAGGACAACGGACAUCCGUCUCGAUCAGCUACAGUCAAUGUGAACGUGGUGGUGGCGGACAGUUUCCCUGAAGUGCUCUCGGAAUUCACUGAUUUUACGCACGACAAGGAUUAUAAUGACAACAUGACAUUUUAUUUGGUUCUGGCUUUGGCUGUUGUCUCCUUCUUCUUUAUUUCAUCUUUAAUUACUAUUAUUUCAGUGAAAAUCUACAAAUGGAGGAGGUCUCGCAUCUACUACCAAUCCAAUUUACCAGUUAUCCCAUAUUUCCCACCUCACUACACAGAUGGUAGUGGUACAGGCACCCUAAAACAUCUGUAUAAUUAUGAGGUCUGCAUGACAACGGACUCCAGGAAAAGCGAUCUGAAGAUUGUUAGGCCUUGCAGUCAGAGCGUUUUAAUGAUGGAUCCAAGUGUUGAAAUUAUGAAGCAUGGGCAAAGAGACAGAAGUAAUCUGGAUGAUGCUGACCUGUCAGAUCAGACUCGUGCUGGAAUCACUGGGCCCAAAAGUAGGAGGGAUAUGGCCUGGACAGGGCGCCAGUCUAUUACAUGA